ACAGGCGAAUAGCGAAUAUCAACUCGAGCGCCUGCAAACUCAACAACGUAAUCGUAUAGCGAAAUGACAAGGCUCUGCUGUAUGCUCCACGUCACACACCUAGAAAACAAAACCUGCUGGAUUCAGUUGUUCAUUAGAAUAGGCCUAGUCGCCAGAGGAUUUGCAGUUUCAAUUUAAGGUUUAAAGUACCAGAAUAUGAUAUUGACAACUAUUAUUGCCAGGGUGGCAGAUGGCCUUCCCCUUGUAGCUUCCAUGCAAGAGGAUGAACAAUUAGGUAGGAGUCUGUCGGAAUAUCAGAAGCAAGCAAAGCUGUUAUUUUCAAAGAUGAAUCAACAAUCACCACCUAGAUUAAGUAUAGCGACAGAACCAUAUAUAUUUCAUUAUAUUAUAGAAGAUGGUGUGUGCUUCCUUGCAUUAUGUGAAAAGACCUUCAAAAUGGGACUGGCUUUCCAAUAUUUAGAAGAUAUUCAACAGGAAUUUAGCUCCAAGUAUGGGCGACGAGUGAGCGCAGUCUCAAGACCUUAUCCCUUCAUUGAGUUUGACACAUAUUUACAAAAAGCUAAGAAAACAUAUAUUGACAGUCGGCAAAGGAGACAGUUGACUGGAAUAAAGAAUGAACUACAAGAUGUGCAAAGGAUAAUGGUCCAGAAUAUAGAUGAUGUCAUGCAAAGAGGUGUGGCACUCUCAGAUUUGGAUGUUAAAGCAACAAAUUUGGUUUUUAACUCUGAGAAGUACAAACGAGAUGCGAAAAACCUGAAUCUGCGAUCUCGCAAUGCAAAGAUCGCAGCAGCAACAAGUAUCAUAGUAACGUUUUUGAUCUACCUUCGCUACUGGUGGUUCAUCUAACAUCAGUCAGUAUUUCAAAACAAUCACACUUCAGUUUUCGACACAUCCCGCAGAUUUUUAAAAAAUUUGCAAAUUGCGAUUUACACUCAAGUCAGGUAGCUCUCCCCUGUAGCAAUGUUAAUUGUUCAUUAUCGCAAUUUCAUCUUUUGAUGAGUUUACAAAUUGUAUUCUUGGUUAAUACUGUCCAUGUAUUAAAGCUUGCCGGUUUCUAAGAUCCGUAUUCUUAAAACAAACAUUAGUUCUAGCUCAGCCAGUUGUGGUGGUAUAAGUUGGGCUAGGUCUACUGAGUAGUGGUCGUUAUUGGUUAUACAUUCAGAUUGAGAUGAAGGCCAAACCAAAGUUAUGGUAUAAGCCUAACUAAUGUUAAUGAACUGACCCUGAAUUGUGUUCAAAGGUAGUUUGGUACACUACCACUGAAAUAAUUUUGUUUACAAGAUUCAUACAGUAUGCAAAACCAGAACCCUGUGGGUGUGUAUGUUCCUUUGUACGCAACAACUAAAUGCAAAUUUGGGAAAUGCGAUAAUUAAUAGUCACCAAAAUCAUUCAUUUCAUUCUACCAAAUUUGCACUGUUUUAAGUAAAAUAUGACAAGGUCUUUAAAUGAAUCACUUAAUCACAAAUAAUUUAACAUAGAUAAAAACAUUUCUUAACAAAAAAAUUUGAGCACCAUAUAUGCCAAGGCAAAAUACAUUACAAAAUAAACUUGGUUAAAUGUAUAUUUUAAAAAAAUGAGUAGCCUAGAAACAAUACAACAUUUUAAUAUAUAUUCAUAAUAAGUUAUAUAGUGCAUAAUGCAAAAAGCUUAGGCGUUUCACAAAAAAAAGAUUUUAAAAAAUGUCUGGCAAAACAGAAUGCACAUUCUCCAAGGAAUCACCAUGCGCCCUCACUCUAGCGCAUUCCUGGACCCUUCAAUAAAAGAAUACUAAAAAUAUUGCUAAAGUAAAUCGUUAGGAUAGCAGCCCUCAUACCCCACUAAAAACUUCUUGUAAGGUAACGUGUACAGUAUGUGUAUUUAAGUGUGUGGAAGUUCAGUGCAUCAUUAAUGUGCUUAAAAAAACAUUCCAAAUUAGCUUUUUUUUUAGAUGAAAUGAAAAUACCACAUGCAGUAUACUGUGAAAUUAACGUUGCUCAUGAAAGGUAAUGCAAAGUGUCACUUCUAAAAUGAUGCUACAACAACCACUGCUAUUUCAAAGUACAGUAGUUCUAAAGUUUGUUUUAAGAAUACAGGUAUUCAGUCUUGUAAUAUGGUUUAGGGAGUGGAGAAAAAAAUCUGGGUUCCUACAGGUUUUGGAUGAAAUGAUUAAGUGGCAAGCAUCUCCAUUAACCUUUAGCUCCACUCCCCUUUGAAAUUGCAUACUCUGCUUAUUUCUGCUGUUGUCAAAUGCAGAGUUUGCAGGCGAUGGACUACUGGUAGGCAAACUCUCAAAGUCGAAAACAAAGCUUUGUAUUCCAUCAAAUUAUUUUACAUAAUAAUGUGGGCUUCGGGUGUAAUGGACCUUUCUGGAGUGUCAGGCAAACUUAACAACUGAUCAGUCAGAACAAUGCCAAGAAAAUGUGCAUGUCCCACAAACACGUACAUGUACGCUGUUGUUUUGUGGGACCUUGGCAUCAAUAGCCAAGGAGUAGGGUUUAGCGGAAAGGUUCAUUGGCGUUAUCACUAAGGUGUCCAGGUAUUUGGUAUUUAUUUUGGAUAUCAAAGCAUAGAAAAUGUCAACCUUUUAAAAAUUCCCCCAGAAUAGAUUUCAUCUAACUUGCGGUAGUGUAUCAUAAUGUGUAAUGUCAUUAAAAUAAAUAUACAGUAUAUCUACAGUACUGUAUAUAGUCAAAUGAAUUGUUUUUGAAUCGACAUUUGUGUUUAGUAAUUGUAUAUAUGAUUUUUUUUUUAAUAUUUGUAUUAUUUUUUAUGGUUAUUCUUAAGCUUUGUCUACACUUUCAAGUUUUGUGUGAAAAUACCUGUGAUUUGUCCCAAUUAAUGGGAGUUAUAUGACAUCUUGCCCAUUAUGGGCAAAUCACACAAUUUUGUCACAUAAAAUUUAAUAGUGUAGAUAUCACUUUUACUGUGAAAUGUCAUAGUGGUGACAUUCCAUACAUUUUAAAUUGUAGUUAGUGUAUUGGUUUGAACUAUGUAGAUUAUUUCUUUCUCUUUAAAGGAUAUACCAAAUCAUAGCAUCAUUUAUUGUACUCUUGUUGAAAUAAAUAUUUUUCAAGAAUAAAAAUUAGAGUAUAGUUAAA